AUGGAAUGGUAUUCUGGAAGCGGUAUUGAUGAUUUUGUGGUCCCCAAGGAUCAAGAAUUAUAUGAUAGGCUUCCAUCACCAGAGAGUUGGUCGAAAUGGUGUACAAGUGCAUCAGAAAGUCAAGAGUUUUCUAAAAUGGAUUCUAAAAUGACUGAGGGAGAUCUCAAAUUCAAUGGUGAAAUUUUGAGAAACGAAGUUGAAAGUUUCUACAACGGUAAAAAUCAGUCUAGGGGUUCAUGCACAAGUGGAGGAUUGUCAGAGGAGUCCCUUCCCCAGACUGCUCUUUCACGUGACCAGCCAGAUUACCAGCUUGACGAUCUUGCAGAAAUCGAACAAUUGGAUGAAAUUUUCCUGAGUUCCUUUCUCGAAGAUCUACCCAGGAAUGGAAAUCUUCAGAACUCGUUUUGCUUUUCUCCUGAAGCAGAAUGUGGUAUGGUGUCUGCGGACAAUCCCUCGACAGACACGAUUUCAGAUUUGCAAAGUAUUUCAAAUGAUGGACAUGGCAUGGGAAGCUCAGAGUAUCUCAAAACACAUGCAUUUUCUCCAUCAGUAAGUUGGGAGGAAGGUGGAGUUGCUGCUUCACACUUUAAUGCAUGCGACUCAGACCAAGAGGAUUGGGCACCCGUAAAGGCAUCACGGGUCAAUGUCUCCGUCCCUUCCGAGCAUGAUGGUACAAUUGGACUUCUGGAUGAGGAAACAUCUCUUCAGAAAUCUGUGCUAAAGGAGCUAGAAACGGUGAUGGCCCAGUUAAAUGAUAAGACUAGGAUUUGCUUUCGUGAUGCCUUAUACCGUCUAGCCAACUAUUCAAAGCAACAUAUAGUAGAACCGAACCAAAAAGGAGACGUUUGCAUUGAAACACUGUGUUCCGGUGAAGAUGAGAAAAUGAGGUCUGGAGGGAAGACAACAAUCGAAAUGGAGACUAACACCAUUGACAGAACCAUCGCAAACCUUAUGUUCAGUAAGAUGGACCUAAAUAUGCAAAAUUUUCCUGUCUCAGCAACAGUAAGUUCCGAUGAAGGAAUUGCUGGAGAAACUAAACCCCUAAAUAGCAGCUGGAAUCAACCAGAUGGCCACGAUCACCCUUUCUAUCCAAGUUUCCUAGGUGAUGCUGAGGUUCCUAUCCUUGGUUAG